UAUGGGUGGUGGGAGGAAACCAGAGAACCCGGAGGAAUCCUACUCCGACACAUCAACAGUAUCCUGAGCUCAGGAUCGAAUCAGGGAUCUUGGAGCUGUGAGGUCUUCAUGAACCAUACACAUGCACAAUAUAAGCUGUCCUUGCAGAUCAAGUGCUCGAUGUGUUUGAGUGAUUUCACCGAUCCGGUGAUGCUGCCGUGCGAGCACUCUUUCUGCCACCAGUGCAUCAUCGGCCACAUGAACGGGAACAAAGGCCAGAGCUGCUGCCCCGAGUGUCGCAGGUCUUACACCGAGAGAGAUCUGCGUGCCAGCCGACUCCUGAGAAACAUGACGGGUGCCGUGAGACAGCAUCUUACAACACAACAAGCCCAGACGGGCACCUCACCCACACAAGCACCACAAGCCCUGAGUGACAUGCUGGUGUGCGCCGAUCACGACGAGAAGCUGAAGCUCUUCUGCGAAACAGACCAGAAACUCCUGUGUGUAGUGUGCCGAGACGGAGAGAAGCACCGAGGCCACCAAUUUAAACCUGUAACGGAGGCUGCUCAGAUAACUAAGGGGACACUAAAGGGUGCUUUGGGCUUCCUCAUCAAAGAGAACAGGCAGCUGAAUGACAUGACCCAGAAACAGGCAACUGAGGUCACUAUGACCCAGAUGAGGUCCAACGAUCUAUCAGCCCAGAUAUCUGCCCAGUUCGAGGAGAUGCACCGCUUCCUGAAGAAGAAAGAGGAGGAAAUAAAAAAGCAGUUGGAGACUAACGCAAACAAGGCUGUCACAGCCAUGUGCAAAAACAACUCCACCAUCAGCGAAAGACUGAUGGAUGGAAAAGAGUUAGAGUGUAUUUUUCAAUCCGCAUUGGAUAUUAAUCAACCUGACUUAUUUUUACAGUGGUGGAAUGAAAAAGGAUUUCCUGUAACAGAAAGAAUGAAGAUAAAGAACAACAUGUUCAAUCCAGAUAUCAAGUAUGAGUCACGCAUAAAAGGUCUUAAUGUCAUCCUACACUCCUUCUUCUUUGGCCCUUAUGAGACUCACCUCCAGUUCUUUGUAUGGAAAGCCAUGUUGGGAGCCGUCAAGCCAGUUCCAGGGAUUCUCAGCAUAACUGAAAGUGGAGACUCUUACCUGAAGGUGUCACCAGGAAAAUCAAGUGUACGGCAGGCAGACAGACAAUCCAGUAUUUACAAGGAGUACAAUCCAGGUGUCGUCUCUGAACAGACCUUCCAGUCUGGCCAGCACUACUGGGAGAUAGAAGUUGGGAACAAGUUAGACUGGAGUAUAGGGGUUAAGACAGAGGUGGAAAAACAAUCCAGAAAGCAAUCAGUAAAAACAAAAGAUUCAAAAGAUGUAUAUCUCCACCUUAUAAAUGGCAAAGGAUAUACCUUCAGCUACAAUGGAAAAGAAGUUCCCAUCGAGGUCAAGCGAAAGCCCAGUAAAAUAGGGCUCUAUCUGGACUGUGACAGAAAACAGGUCUCCUUCUACGAUGCUGACAUCAUGACUCAGAUUUUUGUAACCAGCUACAAAUCUGACCUGCCCUGCUCUAUUAGUCUUUUCCCAGGAGUUUACCUGGAUGGAGAAAACAACGACCCGAUCACAGUGUGUUCGUACGGGGUCUAAUUCUGCCCACACUCCAUGAUACCAACCUAGAAUGCUCACUGAUCUCAAACCUAUUAGAUUUCUUAAAUAUCUGUAUCUUAAAUUGUCUACUGAGGUUAAUAUUCUCAGGUUUUAGGUGAAUGCUGUAACAAGUAUUUCUGUAACCAUUAAGAACGACUCAUCGUAUUUCUGCUUAGGCUUGAAACAAACAAAACGGGAACAAACGGAAAUCUGAUUGCAAAGAAGACAUCUGCCUUGUAUUGAAAUGCAAAAUGAUUGCCCUUUCCUUGUGGUGGUUAUUAGCAAGCUAAUCCAUAUUGAUGAGCAUUGGGGGUCUGCCUCAUGGAUGUUAAUAACUACUAAGAGAAAACUUCAUAUGUAUGCGAUGUUUUCCGAUUAAAAAUCACUCGAGAUGCGCGUCGUCGACAGUUAGAAAUGACUCCGAAUAAUAAGGUAUAUAGAAGCUUGUUUUUACUAUAUGUUUAUGCUCUUAGGAAAUAAGACUUUUAAUGGGAACCCUUAAGAGUUCUUCUGUUGUUCAUCUGGGGAACCUUUAAGAUUCUAUGUAAAACAGUGUUCAUAAGGGAAAGGGCUCCAAGGAGAACUCGUUAAGAAGGUUAAGCGUCCUUACUUACACUUACACACUUUCUUUUUUUUUGUAACAGUGUAUUCGUCUAACCGUGUUAUAUGCUCGAUAGGACCAUUUCUUAACCAGUGUAAAAGAAACAGAAAUAUUAUCUUAAACAUGGUGCGCAUAUCUAGCCUAUUAAUUAACAUGACAUGGGUACUUUUCUUCACAUGAACUUUAUUUAGGUUUUUACUCUUGACGACAAAAUCUUCUCGGUCUUUGUAUGUAGAUAUCUGCGUCGAAGGAAAUAAGAUCAGUGUCGAAAACCGCACUUUUAAACAUAAUAAUCUGUCUGUAUAGUCUCGGUUCUCUUCUGUUCUAACUCCGCCGUCACGUCAUCAGUUACCCCUGCUUCCUUUUUAUGUCUUUCUUGUUUUGACCAGUUAUUAGUUUGUUCAUUAUUAGCUUAACAUGGUUUCUGUUUUAAGGCUAUCGUUGAACAUCUACGUUGUUAAAUUGUUCGCCAAUAAAAACUUGUGUUCAGAAA